UAAACUUGACAACACUUGUUUGUCAGGAUUCCGUGACACAGUGGGUGACAAAAUUGAGUUUAAGUAGGCAAUGCUAGGAUUAAUGCCUAUAUAUCCAGAAAAAUCUAUAAAGGAUUUUGCAAAACUUUAUCUUUAAGUGUUCCUUCUGCGCAUCCUUAUUGACACAGAAAAGGCCAAAGACGCAUAUACGUAAUAUAUUGAGCUUUUAAAAUUAACAUUGAACACGUAAAUCAGGUAUACAAUAUUGGUAAUCAUGGACACGCUGUCAACAUCAGCUCAAGACGACAGUUCGGGAGCUAAUCCCAGCGGUGUGAAGAGUGAUGACAGCAGUCCUCGGAAUGAGUCGGGUAGAGGUUCCCCACCACCAAAUUGUGCGAUAUGUCUCGGCACAUGCAGAAACAAGUCAUUCACUGACACCUGUCUUCAUGAAUUCUGUUUCAAAUGUCUACUUACCUGGAGCAAAGUAAAGGCAGUGUGUCCUCUGUGUAAACAAAACUUUAGAUCAAUCAUACACAAUGUCCGCUCAAAUCACCAGUAUGAUGAGUAUACCGUCGAGCAACACCACACAGAGGAAAUUACGGAGAGGAUUGAUAUUGACAAUCUUACAACCACAAGGAGAUUUAGAUACAGGACGACGCUUACCCUACCGCGACGCGAGACCAUUGCUAUCCAGCAACUGCUGAUGCAUUACCCGUUAAUGGCGGACGUGUUCCCCUCCCCGCGCUCCCCCGCCGCUCCCGCCCCCUCGUCCACCGCACCCCCACUACGUAGACGCUCACCAGCCUCAUUCAGGCGCUCAGUAUAUAGAUACAACCUCUGGGCCAGACCGCUACCGGAUUUCACCGGACGUUUCAGAGACUGUUCCCCGGAAUUCUACAGGUACAACGAUUCACAGAUCCACAGACUGGUGCCAUGGCUCAAUAGAGAACUGCAUUAUCUGUUGAACGAGAACGUUGGGCACAUCGCCUACGUGAUCGCCAGGAUAAUAGAACUGCUUCCGGAAUACCACAUCACAUCGUCGGAGUUCAGAGACAGGAUGCGGUCGUAUUUCGGGGACAGGACCAGGCAUUUCCUGCAUGAGUUGUACAACUUCGCUUCGACUCCUUACGACAUGACCGGCUACGAUCGGAACGUGCAGUACACGACCGAUCCCAACAUGUCUACUAUGGUGAAUGAAGUGAUCUCUAGUUCGGAGUCUGAAGGCAGCGGGGACUCGGAUCUCGUGAUGAUAUCCAGUUCUGAGCCGGCCGAGCCUCCACCAGGUCCUUCCAGAGUUCCAGCCCCCGUCUACCCUAACAACUACAUCCCCGAGCCACCACCGAACAACGUCAUCCCCAUCGAGACUAUUUCACAGUCCGACACCGAUGAUGACUCGUCAGAAGUUAUGGUGGUCGGCUACAUCAAGCCUCCUCAAGACCGAACCCCAGAGGUCGUCGACCUGCUCGGAUCGGACAGCGACGUCAUAGUGCAAGAAACCUCAGAGCAACCGCAAAGCAACGAAACUCCAGAGAGAUCAUCUCCGCGCGUGAAACUCACUAUGACCAGCGCGUCGCAUUCCUCGAGGAGGGACAGCUCGGACAGUGACGGCAGUGCGUACACGCCGUCGCCGCCGCCUCACAGCAGCAGGCAAGCCUCUCAAGACAGCGACGCGUCCUCGGAGAAGUGCUCGUCGUCGGACAUGUCGGACGCAGCCCGCAGGUCCUCGCAGCCUUCCCGCACGUCGUCGUCGUCCUCGUCCUCGUCCUCGUCGCCGUCGUCCUUGACCAGCUCCUACUACACGUCAUCCAGCGAAUCGGAGUCCAGCGACGACAACGUCAAGAGGAAAAAGGCGAGGCGAAAACUCACGGCGACGGAGAGGAACAAGAGAAACGCGAAGAAACGCCCGCAGCGGACGAAUCACAAGAACAGGAAGCUGUCGAAUGUACAGGAGAGGAAACAGAGCAAACGGAAAUCGCAGUCCGGUAAAGGAGUGAAGUCGUCCAAGAAACCUAGCGAGGUCGCGCCAGAGGAGACGCAGACGGACUUGAAUCAGCCGGGGACGAGCGGCACUGCGAGGAAUACUAGGAAACGAAAGAUGGAAGUGAAGAGGCGCACCGUGAGCCGCGAGAGUAAAAGACUGAAGAGUGUUGUUAGUGUUAUAAAAGUCGCAGGUGAAUCCAGUUCCCGGUCUAACGUACAGUCCUCACAUUUCAGCGUCGUCAUUCGUAACAACCGCGACUGUUCGGAUUCGGACGACGACAUCCCUCUGAAUCUAACCAUAACCAAGUCAUCGUCAUAGACAACUCCAUUGUAUCGAUGUAAUCCACACUACUAGUUCAUGGAUACAUUCUCUUCGUAGAAUUUGUAGAUUAUUAAUUUAAAAAAAUUGAAUAAAAUAUUCAUGAAUUUUAAGAAUUAAGAUUUAGAAGAUAAAAAAAUGUGAUAAUUUUAUAUUAUUUAUGAUAUAGUUCUUUAAUUUUAUUGAUGCGUCGCAUCUCGAAACAAACACUUAAACGUUAAAAUAUAAUAUAUUAUUAUAAAUAGACAAAAAUAAAAUUGGAAAUCGUUAUUGAAAAUCAAUUCGAAAUUUAAAAAUUAGUGCCUAAUUAUUUUGUCAAGCGCAUACCAUAAAGAAGUCAAAACACUGGACGGUGACUUAUAAAAUUAUUAUAAAACAAUCGAAACAUAAUUCCAAUUUCAAAAACACAGCUGUCUGUAACAUUGAAGUGCUUGAGUGGGAUGCGACCAGUAUUGUAUGCCAUUAUGUAAAUAUGUAAUUACGUUUUUCUCAUUUAGCAUUUCUAUUCUACUCUAUACGUGUCGUUUUCAUUAUGUUAGUACAAUCGACGUUAAGGUGACAUGCGCUUCUAUCUUCUAAAUAUAAUUUGAUAGAGAUCAUACUUUGAAAAAUAUCUUUUAAAAAUGUUUGUAGUACACACGUAUUCGAUCUUUAUAUCGAACAUAAUUUACGUUUCAAUAAAAUAGGUUACUUAUGUACAAAUAUUUUCAAAAUUGUAAAACUUAAUAGUUUAAGAUAUAUUGUUUGAAAUACGGGUAUUUCAAUAGACAUUUGAAUAUUCCUGUGCACGUGAGUCGAAUUACGAUAACGAGUCUUGGAGAUGCUUGAUACUUGAUGAUGAGGCUCAAGUGAACUAGCAAAUGAUUUUUGGUAAUAUGUACAGCGCGAAGGAUAUAUUUUAUUUAAAAUAAUGAAGGUAUCUCGCAAGGGCGAUGCUAAAAUUAAAUGUACUCGAUCAAUUCA